GCCUUUCCCCCACCCAGUCGCACACAUCAUCCUCUAUUUCGCCAUAGGCAGCUUGAGGAACGCCACUCCAGCCCAUUGCGAUCUGGCUCCAGACGCCCCUGAUCUCACAUAAAGUCCAAAACAAUCCCGCAACACACGCCAAAAGCUACUUCAAAAUUGCUCGGACCAAUACUACGCCCCACUUAGAACACGAUUCAAACAGCAUCCACACCAUGUUGCAAGAAGAACCGAGGCCGCCGGUGCCGAUUCUCGAGGCGCCGAAACUCAGCGUCAAGAACUCGGCCACCGAGUUGAUUGGCAACACGCCGCUCGUCCGGCUGAACAAGGUUCCCCAGUCGUUUGGCGUCGAGGCCGAGGUGUUUGCCAAGGUAGAGUUGUUCAAUGCUGGCGGGAGCGUAAAGGACAGGAUAGCGCUGCGCAUGAUCGAGGAGGCCGAAAAGAGCGGGCGUAUUAAGCCUGGAGAUACCCUUAUAGAACCCACCAGCGGCAAUACCGGCAUAGGUCUGGCGCUGGUCGGCGCAAUCAAGGGCUACAAAACCAUCAUUACCCUCCCCGAGAAGAUGUCAGCCGAGAAGGUGUCGGUUCUCCGUGCGCUUGGUGCCACCAUCAUCCGAACGCCCACCCAGGCCGCCUGGGACAGCCCGGAAAGCCACAUCGGUGUUGCGAGGCGUCUGCUGAAGGAGAUUCCAAACUCGCACAUCCUCGACCAGUACACAAACGAAAACAACCCGCUCGCCCACGAGUUCGGCACCGCCGAGGAGAUCUGGGCGCAGACUGGCGGCAAAAUUACGGCCGUGGUUGCUGGCGCAGGAACCGGCGGUACCAUCAGCGGGAUCGCCAAGGGCCUCAGGAAACAUGACAAUAACAUCAAAGUCAUUGCAGCAGACCCACACGGAAGCAUUCUCGCUCUUCCAGAGUCCCUGAAUGAGGAGAAGGCAAAUAUUCCGUACAAAGUGGAGGGUAUUGGCUACGAUUUCAUUCCAGAGGUGUUGAGCCGGGAUCUUGUGGACAAGUGGUACAAGACAGAUGACCGCGAGUCGUUUCAGCUCGCCAGGCGGCUUAUCGCCGAGGAGGGGCUUCUUGUCGGCGGCAGCUCCGGCAGCGCUAUGGCGGCCAUGCUCAAGGCCGUGAAGGACUUUGGGUUCGGCAAGGGGGAUGUGGUGGUUGUUGUUCUCCCGGACAGCAUUCGCUCGUACCUGUCCAAGUUCGCUGACGACGACUGGCUGGCCGCCAACGGUCUCCUGCCCAAUGACGCCGAGAACGUUGACGGCGAAGACACCACCCCGCAACCCAAGACACUCAGCCAGAGCACCGCCGAUUCCUACUCGGGCGCCACCGUCCGGUCCCUCCGUCUCAAACCCGUGACAUCCGUUCUCACCACCAGCACUUGCUCCGAGGCCAUUGAGACGAUGCGCGACAAGGGCUUUGACCAGCUGCCCGUCCUCACUCCCACCGGCGGCAAACUGGCUGGCUUGGUUACGCUGGGCAACCUCCUCAGCUACAUCUCGCGCGGCAGGGCGUCGCCCCAGAGCCCGGUCAAAGAUGUGAUGUUCGACUUUAGCCGUAUCGACGAGGUUGUGACGGACCCACGGAGGUUCAGCUCGGAUCUCAAGGGCAAGAAGCGCAAGUUUGUCGAGAUCACCAUGGACACCCCGCUUUCUGCGCUCAGCCGGUUCCUGGAGUGGAACAGCGCCGCCGUGGUGACGGAGAAGGUCGAGGGCGAAGGGUCGAAGCCGGUUGCCGUCGUCACCAAAGUCGACUUGCUGACCUGGAUGGUGAGGAAGAAGUCAUAGACAGGCGGAGGAGUGUGAGUGGUUUCUGUCAAAAGUAAGGUAAGGAGCAACUUAGACUCAACAUCUGGUUAUUACAUCAGACAGCAGUUGUUGGACUCGGAAACUUCAGCAUUAGAUAGGCUCAACCCGUGCACAAGGGUAAAUACCAUAGCUUUUGUAUACCCACGAAUAGACUCAAUCAGUCAUUUACUAGACC